AUGCCCGGCGCCGUCGAGGAGGGGGCCAACCCUCCCCCAGUUGUGCUCGACCCUACCAAAUUCAAAGGACAGGUCGUCGUUAUCACCGGCGCUGCCCAAGGAAUUGCCAAGACCACAUCCAAACUCUUUGCAAAACAAGGAGCGCAGGUAGUACUUGUCGACAUCCAAGCGAAACAGGUCGAAAGCGUCGCUGCAGAGAUUAAGGCUGAGGGCGGCUCCGCGGCCUUUAGAACUACUGAUCUAUCUGAUCCACAACAGUGCAAGGAUCUCAUCCAAUCAGUCAUUGAUGAAUUCAAGAAGAUCGAUGUGCUAGUUCAGCUUGCGGUCCAUCUUGUAUACAAGCCAGUCACCGAAAUCACGACUAAGGAUCUGGUUAAAUCCCAGGAAGUCAAUGCGUGGUCGAUCCUUUAUCUUGCACAGGCGGUGCUACCCCAUAUGCGUAAAGCUGGGUAUGGCCGGCUCAUCCAAACAUCAACCGCUACAACUCAGCACCUCUUCAAGGGACUGUUUGCAUACGUUGCGAGUAAGGGAUCGGUCGAGACCAUAACGCGAUCGCUUGCCGUUGAGGCUGGCCCCGGUAUCACUUCCAAUCUGGUGAUGCCUGGAUUUGUCGAAACCCCCGGCGCCGCUCGUGGAAACAACGCCACCACGCAGCAUGUCAGUACUGCAGGUGACAUGUGGGACUAUCAUAUUGAGAAGCAAUGCGUCAAGCGCCGUGGACAGCCAGAGGAUCUUGGAUAUGCUAUCUGCUUCCUUGCAAGCCCCGAGGCUUCAUUCAUCAGUGGUCAGAUUCUCGACGUGAGUGGCGGGUUCACGUUUCACUAG